AUGACGCUGACAUUAGCGAGCGAAUUAAUACAGGAACGCGCGCUUUCCACAAACAAAUUGCAAUUGUCGCAUGCAUCAACAACGAAUGAAGCCACAACCAUUAGUUACAAAAAUCACAUUUGUCUAUUCGUUUUGACUUUCCUUCUUUCCCUCAUUUCAGAUGCCAAUCACACAGGCAAAUCGAGUGUUAAGAAGAAAAAACUUGCAGCCGCUGCUUCUGCGACAAGCGCAACGCCGCUUACAUCAACGCCGUCGACUGUUGCAACGCCAGCGUCUUCAUCAUCGAUGCCAGUGCCGGAAGUGAGUCCUACCGGCAGCAGCGAUAGCGCAAUGCGCGACAAGCAAUUUCCCACAGUUAGUACACCACCCUCCUCCGCCACGGCUGCCGUAGAAACUACCGAAGACGAUUCGGAUUCGGGUUCGACGGAUGCGCGUCGAAAAAAGAAGGCACGCACAACCUUUACUGGACGUCAAAUAUUCGAAUUGGAGAAGCAAUUUGAGAUAAAGAAAUAUCUCAGUUCGAGUGAACGCACAGAAAUGGCUAAAUUGCUGAAUGUAACUGAGACGCAGGUGAGUGUGGGUGGGGGUGAAAACAAUGUUGAGAUGGCUAUACAUAUCUACAUACGCAA